AACGUCAAAAUUCCCAAAACCAAAACAAACUUGUGCGCCCAUUCGCGUAACCAGCAAUCGAUUCCGUAAAUUAAGAUAGGUGAAGCACCGGCUGGAACCCGGCGGAACGCACGACGAUGAACAGCAUCGGCGACAACUGCACCGAGCUGAAGAAGAAGUACGACACCUGCUUCAACCAGUGGUUCUCGGAGCAGUUCCUCCGGGGAGACACGGACGACUCGGUGUGCGCGCCGCUCUUCAAGGUGUACCAGCAGUGCGUUAAGGACGCCAUGAAGGCCCAAAAAAUCGAGUUCAAAGAGAUCGAAAGUGACUACCUUGGGUCGGAAAAGGAACAGAAGGUUCCGCCGAAGAAAUCGAGCUGACCAUAGACGCUGAUCUCUCCUCGCCGAACUGACAGCCAUUAUUCCAGCUAAUAAUCCUCCCUGCCCUAAGAACGCCCCCCUAGCGUGCAACCAGAGGCCAACUUAUGAAAUUAUGUGUUAUGGUCUCAAUAUUGGUUAUAAUGAGCAUUAUAGGGUGGGCUAAAAGGGAACCCAGGUGGUGUCAGCAAAGUUUCACUGCGGAGCAUUCUUUCUUCUAGUCGAUAGAUGCUAUAAAAUACGUGAAUUUGAGCUAGUUUUUACCUUAAUUUGAGAAGAAGCAACCAGCUGAAAUCAUUUCAAGUUGUUUCGUAGCUUUUAUUAAGGGAAUGUUUUAACAAAUACAAAAGAAAGUGUUCUCGUUGUAAGAUAUUGUUCACAUAAUAAAACAAUUUAAAAUA